AUGACGACCUACACCCACGCAUCGUCUCCGUCCAUCGACGUCUUCCCCAAUCAUAGACUCAACCCCAUCAACCGAAACAUCUACGCUGGCUUCACCGAGCAUAUGGGACGAUGUAUCUACGGUGGCAUCUAUGACCCCGAGAACCCUAACAAUGAACUCGUCGAUGAGAAUGGCUUCCGGAAGGAUUCUUCCGCUAUCCAGGCAAGCGGCAAUUUCUGCGCAACAUAUCACUGGGAAGAUGGUGUUGGCCCGCGGGACAAACGUCCGGCCUUCCCUGAGCUAGCUUGGGGAACUGUCGAGACCAACCAAUUCGGUACAGAUGAAUUCAUGAAGUGGUGCAAGAUUGUUGGCGCAGAGCCAUACCUCUGCCUCAACUUCGGUACAGGUACUCUGGACGAAGCUUUGCACUGGCUCGACUACUGCAACGGAACCAAGAACACGAAGUAUGCCAACCUACGGAGAGCGAACGGCCACCCUGAGCCUUACAACGUCAAGUAUUGGGCUCUUGGAAACGAGAUGUGGGGUGAUUGGCAGAUCGAGCAGCUAACUGCAGCGGCUUAUGCGGAGAAAGCGCAUCAAUGGGCCAAAGCUCUCAAACUCCUCGACCCUAGCAUCCAGCUCAUUCUAUGUGGUGCCGAAGGUGCCAAUUCCUGGGACUAUACCGUACUCAAGCACUGCAUCCGGGCGACCAAGAAAGAUGACCUCGGCGAGGAGCGCAAACCAUUAAUCGAUAUGCACUCCAUUCACUUGUACACCGCAUCAUAUGACCACUAUGAGAAUGUCACCGCGCCUCUCGCCGCCGAGCGCAACAUUGAAGUUGCCUCUGCCUUCAUUGAUACCGCCUACUAUGAGGCCCAAAUUCCAGCCAGUCAGCCACGUCCUUUAAUUUGCUUCGACGAGUGGAACGUGUGGAUGCCUGCCCGUGCUGUCGGCUCUUCUGGCGCGGAAGAGGAUUACACAUUGUCAGAUGCUCUUGCUGUGGGCGUAUGGCUGAACAUCUUCGUCCGCAAGUCAGCCGAUGUCGCAAUGGCCAACAUUGCCCAGUCCGUCAACGUGCUAAGUCCACUUAUGACCAAAAAGGAUGGCAGUGGUAUUGUCAAGCAGACAACUUGGGGCCCAUAUGAGCUGUUCUGCAAGUAUAUGAAGGGUCAUCUCAUCGCCGUUCAACUCGCAUGUGAUGAUUACAAGGGUAAGACAUUCAAAGACUACACUCGCGUUACCAGAAAGACGCCUUACCUCGACGUCUCGGCCACGUACGAUGAUACUGAGGGCAUGGUCAACCUCUGUGUGGUGAACAUGCAUAAGGAGGACGACUAUGACACGAAGCUGGGUGGCGUGAGUGGCAAGGUGCAGGUCUUUGAGGUCAACGGCGAGGCGAUUGACGUUACCAACAUGAAGGGCGAGCAAAAGGUGGACAUUCAGGAGAAGGAAGCCGAGGUGAAGGAGGGCCGAUAUGUGUUCCCAAAGCACAGUGUGACGUUGCUGAGAUGGAAGGCGUGA